UGUUCAUGGAGCAGGUCAUGGACUGUAUUAGAGUGGGGUAUUUGUCCGAUGUGAUCAUAGCAGUGAGCACCAGGUGACGUAUGUUAAUGGAGGGAGUGGAAUUCCCCUCCCCCAGUAACAGGGUGGUGCUGUCAUAUAGGUAUGGGCCAUGUGGUGGGUGUUGCCAGGUGCUGUAUGUUACUUGCAGGGAAGGCGGGUCCUUUAUGUAACAGCAGUGAGUUACAGGUGUCAUAUGGUUACAGGAAUGCUUACAACACCAGGUUUCCCUUGCAUAACCCAGAACGACUCCAACAAUGGCUCUCUCAGAUGAACCAAGAGAAGUGGGUACCCACCAGAUACCAGCAUUUAUGCAGUGAGCACUUUGCUCCGUCAUGUUUUGAAUACAGGUGGGGGGUUCGCUAUCUAAAGCCUGAUGCUGUCCCCACCAUCUUUCAACUGUCUGAAAAACCCCUGAAAAGGGAGAAUCCUGCCAGGCCCCCAUGCGAAACACAGGCCAAGAAGCUAAUUGCUGAGAACAGCAUGGACAGGACCUCGCAGGGGCCACAAGCCGUGGCAGCCCAUCCCACUCCGGACACACUGGAAGCUCUCGCCAUAGCUAUCGACCCGGGUCUGUCCUCGGCCCCGAUCUACGUGGAAGCCCAGCCCUCUGUCUCGGAUCUGGACCUUCAUGCCCUCUCCUCCCCUCUGGUCGGGGCGGUGAACCUGAUGCCUCUCGUUCAGAUCAUGGAGCCGCUCAACGCUGUGGCGCUGGCCGUGGCCUCACCCACGGAGGGUGUAGAGUCCAUCCCCAUCCAUCUCCCAGGCCAGCCGUUCCCUCCUGCCAUGGACCAGCGUGUGGAUUUCUCCGUCGAGGCCUCUCCGGACUCUUUUGUGGCGGACGUGCCUGAGCAAUUUGCGACAGAGAUCAUGGUCUCUUGUGAGGACGCUGCUGUAGUGGACCAGCCCGAGGGCACCUUCGCUGCUGAUCAGGCACAUACCCUGGUGGCCACGGUGGACCCACAGGAGAUUGCAGACCAGGGCACCCUCUUCAUUGAGAACGUGUCCAUCCAGCCCCUUCUGGAAACUGACCCUUCCACCGCAGCUGUCCUCAGCUCCCUGCAGGUGUCGACCACCCAGAUGGUGGCGUAUUUUGAAACCAUCCCCACUGCGCCGGUGGUGUCCUCUAGCACCAUGGGGCCGCUGACGUCCAGUGCAUCGCCUCCCGAGACCGUGUUGUCCUCGGCCUUGACGGUGCCCAUUGUCUCGACGGUGCCCAUAGUGUCGAACUAUGCUGCCGGCUCCCUGGAUGACGACUCCUCCUCCUCCACCAUCGAGGUGGAGCUCUGUGCCGAAACCCUGGAGGAGCAGCUUGAGGAGCACCGCUACCACAAGAACGAGCUGACCACCCAGCAGCUGGUCGACCUGGUGAUGGGCCUGCAGAAGAAGGUCAAGGUGCUGCAGCAGCGACACCGGCGUCACUGCACCAAACUGGAAGCCAUGGAGGGCGUGGUGGAGCAGCUGAGGAAGGAGAGCCUGGUGUCGGAUGAGAAGCUCAAGCUGCUGGAGAUGGCGUGCCUGCAGUCCAGCGCGGUGAUGCCAGAAAGCGGCAGCACAGUUGCCAUCAUCUGCCAGGAGGAAGACCGGGCUCUAGUGUACGCUGUUCCCCAGCUCCCCGAGGAGGGGAAUGAGACAAUCAUCCACGUGGAAGAGCAGUAACCAAGAGACCCAUGCUCUAGAGCCCUCCGCUCCCUGCUUCACUGAGCUGCACGGUGAGGGAUCACCUGGGUCCUUCUCUCCCCAGCAACAGGAGCAGCGAUUCCCGUGCUGCUGGCAAUGAUGCAGCAGCUGCAUAUUCAAUGGCCUUCAUGCUAUGGCACUUUAUUUUGGUGGGGAGUGGAGAGGUGGGUUUGUUUCGAGUUGGAAUGAUUGUUUAUAAAGGGUCUUCUCAUGGGGGGAUUGAGUUACUGGCUUGUCCAGGUAUCUACCUCCCUGAGCUGCAGGGUCCUGCUGUCACCGGGUUAAUAACUACCGAUUAAAAGCUGUAUUUACUCAUGGACUUGCUCUGCCUGCUGCACAUAAGCUGGCUGCCUGCUUGAGUGACAACAAAAAUGAGCAGGGUGUGUAUAAGCCAAGCCAACUCACCCCUUCCUAAGCUCCUGAAAACUCCUGUCAGCUUUGCUGCUGGCCCUGAGUUUUCUGCCUCUCUGGCACUGUUGGGGUAGUUAACUUAAUUGUUCCUCUGGGUCAUCCUGUGUAUGAGCCCUCCCCGGCUGCUGCCUUGGAAGCCUAGCACAAAUUUGUCGGCCUAUGCACAAGUAUCUGUGUGAAUGGGAAAUGGACCGAGCAGACUGAAGCGGCAAAGCUGGGCUGGAAAUCUUGAGGAUAGCAGUGCAGAGGUUCUGGAGGGAUGUGUGACUGUGUCUCAGUUAACACUGACCAGCUGCGGUGUCACCCAAAACGCUGUCGUUACAAGGCUCACCGUUGAUCCCCGGGGUGCCACGCAUCCUGGGUGUGCACAGUUUGCCGUGAUAUUUAAACGGCUUGUUCUAGGCAGUAGCGCCCACCCCAAAUGUUCAAAACAUCACCAAAAAAUCACGAGACAAUGUAAACAUAAUGGCGUUGGUGUUCUUUUUAUUUGCCUUUUUGAGCCUUUAGGGUGCUCGGGUCACAUUUGGAAGCUUUCUCUACAGCCAGGAGGGCUAGAAACUUACUUUUUCUUUAAGAAUGAAGGCUGCAAUCAUCACAUCUCCAGGAGCUGGGGCUUUAAGGAAAACAAUAAUUAUCAUGAGACUCAUGACAAAAUCAUGGGAGUUGGCAACACUGUGUAGGAGGCUUGUAAUGCUGUAGGCUUAGCAGCUGGGGAAACGGGCAGGGCCAGUCACUUCAGGGAACAUGGACAUGUGCACUAGCUCAGGGGAGAGGUUUGGGGCUGCCAGGAGCUGGGGUCAUCAGAAAGCUUGAUAAAGGCAGAGGAGUUGGGCACCUGGGAUUUUUUUUUUGAGGGGUGUGUGGAAAGAUGGGGGUGUCUCCUGCCUCCCAUGACUCCUGCUUUUUUCUGAGCCCAGCCCAUGAAUGUUUAGAGCCUGACCCAUGACUCCAGUGGGGGCUUUUGUGCUGGGUACCCUACCAUUGCAGCCAGCUCUUGUCUCCAGCUUCCUGCUAUCAGGUUCCCUGUUUGAAAACACUGCAACUAAGCAAUUCUGCUGCUGUUGAGGAUGAUGGCAAAGCUCCCACUGACUUGAGUGGGUGCAGGAUUGGUCCCUGAAUUGCAAAGUUAUCAGUAGAGGAAAAAGCUUUGUUAGAUCUAAGAAUAACUCAUCCUCCAAAGGCUUUAAAGCCAGGCUACUCACCCCACCACCACCAUGUUGUCCCGUUGCCAUUGGCUUUCCCUGACUAGCUGUGUACUUGAUUCUUUCCUGAGGGUGUGAAUAAAUUCUCUUCCACUUUAUUUUUUUAUUUAAGUUUAUUUUUAAUACGAUUGUUUGCAAAUGAAACAGCCGGAAUCAAAGGUUGACUGGCAGCGCCACGAUUGUUGAAUGUGUUGAGGGGAGGGACGGGGACCUCAUCGUGUUUAAAUCUUGAUUUGUCUCUCCCCUGGAGAGAUUGUGUUUGUACCUGGUAAAAAAUGCUUUAAUAAAAAUGAACGAUGAUGAC